CACGACUGCAAAGAUUAGGCUUUUGGGCUGACCGAGGAAAGGGGAGUGUGGGUUCAGAGCGCUGGGAAACCGCUCCCGGUGCGCGAAAGCUGGAACGUGGGGUCUCGCGAGUUACCCCCACAGCAACGGUAAAACGGAAGUCCUACUCCCGCGCAGCCCGGCGUCUGGGCGGAAACGGCGUUCCUCGGAGUUGAGGCCCCGUACCUUCGCGCCUGGGCGGUCUCGGGUUUGGCUGUGCUGAGCUAAGGGAGCAUCCUCAGCUGGUACUGAUGCUGAAUAUGCCUUGUUAGCAUAUUAAAAUGGCUGUGACUCAAAACGCCAUCCCUUCCUUGUCGGAAUGUCAGUGCCGCAUCUGUGUGGAAAUCCUAAUUGAGCCCAUAACACUGCCUUGUAACCACACGCUCUGUAAUCCCUGCUUCCAAUCGACUGUCGAAAAGGCAAGUUUAUGCUGUCCUUUCUGUCGCCGCCGGGUCUCUUCGUGGACCCGGUAUCACACCCGAAGAAAUUCUCUUGUCAACAUGGAACUGUGGGAGAUAAUCCAAAAACACUAUCCAAAGGAAUGCAAGCUUAGAGUCUCUGGGCAGGAAUCAGAGGAGAUCGUUGAUGACUAUCAGCCAGUUCGCUUAUUAAGUAAACCUGGGGAAUUGAGAAGAGAAUAUGAAGAGGAGAUAAGCAAGGUGGAAGCAGAGCGACGAGCCAGUGAGGAAGAAGAAAACAAAGCCAGCGAAGCGUACAUACAGAGAUUAUUGGCAGAGGAAGAAGAGGAGGAAAAACAACAGGCAGAAAAGAGGCGAAGAGAGAUGGAAGAACAACUGAAAAAUGAUGAAGAACUAGCAAGAAAGCUAAGCAUUAAUAUUAACAAUUUCUGUGACGGAAGUGUCUUGGCUUCUCCCUUGAAUUCCAGAAAAUCUGAUACAGUCACAACCAAGUCUCAAAAGAAAAGUAAGAACAAACAAACAAACACUGGAGAUAUUCAGAAGUAUUUGUCACCUAAAUCUCAAUUUGGAUCAGCAUCGCAGUGUGAAGUUGUACAAGAAAGCAAGAAAAACUCCAUGUCCAAGGAAACUGACGGUACUAUUGUAAAUAGCCCAACAAGGCAAGAUACAGAAAUUGAAGAAGAUAUGCCAACACUUUCUCCGCAAAUAGGCAUGGACGUUCAAGAACAAGGUGCAAAGUCUUCAGUAGAGUCACCUAUGCCUCAGUUAUAUGCCAGUGGUAGAGAGUGGUGCCUUGAAGCAGAAGUCAAAAUGAGACCAAGCAAUCAUGAUAAAGAGUUAUGUGUCCUAAAUCAUGAGGGACCUGAAGCCAGAGUUCCAUGCUCUGGAGAAACAGAGAGCGCAUGCACUAUAUCAGGUAUGACACAGAUAAUUGAAAGUAACACAGUUGAGACAGAAAAUGAAGACUCUUGCCUCCUGACCAGUAAAGAUACUUCCAAAAGAAAAAACCAGGAAUCUUCAUUCGAAGCAGUCAGGGAUCCCUGCAUUUCUGCAAAAAGAAGGAAAAUGUUCCCCAGAGCUUCCUCAGACCAAGAGGAAACAGAAAUCAAUUUUACCCAAAAACUGAUAGAUUUGGAACGCUUACUUUUUGAGAGACAUAAACAGGAAGAACAGGACAGGUUGUUAGCAUUACAGCUUCAGAAACAAGUAGAUAAAGAACAAAUGAAGCCAAACCGGCAAAAAGGAUCCCCAGAUGAAUAUCAGUUACGUCCUACAUCUUCACCACCAGACAAGUUGCUAAAUGGACAGAGGAAAAAUUCCAAAGACAGGAACUGCAAAAGACAGACUGAUAUAGAGCAUUCAGAAUCUCGGAGAGGCUCAAAAAAUGAAAACUGGCAGCCAUCUUUUAAGAUCCAGUUGAAACAUUCAGUUAAUGGGAGAAAGAUGCCAAAUUCUUCUAGAGAUAAUUGUAAUGUAUCUAAAAGUGCUCAUUCCCUACAGCCUAGUAAGUCACAGAAAAGUAUUUUUCAGAUGUUUCAGAGGUAUACGAAGUAAUGUGUGGGUAAAGGGAGUGUUUCAUAAUCUAGUAAAGCUGGAUUGUGAAGCUCUCUUCUAUCAUAGAAUCUUUAUAAAUUUUUUCGUUAAUUUUGCUCUGUGGUCACACUCAUUGUCCUUAAUUAAAGGACUGGUGAUUACAAGAGAGAAAUAUAUAAAUAUGUUUCUGCCAAACUCAGUGGUAAGCAGGAGUCCCAAUCCUUUCCUUUUUUAAUAACUGUGAUAUACUGUUGGACAAUCCUUAUGGAUAUAAGAAUGCCUUGGUGAACUCCCAAGAAAUUUUCAAGUGCCAUUCUCUUUCCCAAAAAUGCAUGUUUUAUGGCCUUUGCCUCCUUCCCUUUUUGUCCUAACUAGUAAUCAAAGUAAGAUUAUACUAUACCAGGUAGUUAGGAGUUUUCUUACAACUUUCCCAUAUAUUUGCAGAGCACAUGACAUGCAUCUUCCAUAACACUAAAGUAAUCUAGUUUUCAUCUCCACUUUAAUUAUUUUAAGCAUUAUAGCAUUUUCUUCCAUUUAAAAUGGUUUAUGAUCAUUAUGAAAUCAGAAAAAUCAGAGUUUCUUGGAAAAUUAGGAAUUAGUUGACAAAGGAAACUAGACUCUUGUUGCAAAAGGAGUUAAGAGUUGGGGUGAGGCUCAGUGGGGUGGAUCGACAAUUUGGAAACGCUAGAACUGAGUGAAUAAUUAGAAACAAGGUCUAGGAUGGAGUAGCAGGUGAGGUUUGGCAGAGGAUUCCCCCUCCUCCUUUCUCUGCUUAAUGACGUGGAAAACAUUUGGGUUUAGGCUUUUCACACCACAGUAUCUGGUGUCAAAAUAAAAAUCAGUUACUAAAUUGCCUGAAAUUUGGGGAAUUCACAUUUCUAUUAUUCUGGUAUUCUAGGGGAAUAAAUAGGAAUCAAUAUCAUCUCAUAUUAUGGGACUUGAGACAUAACCAUGUGUUUAUUUCCUUAUAUUAUCAUUUAUAUUGAUGCUGACUUUUAUUUGUGUUUAUGGACAGAAAAAGUCUGAUGCUUGAGUUUUGCCAUCUUACCCUGAAAGUUAAAUCAGAAGGCAGUGAUUUCAUUUUGUGAAAUUUAACUUAGAGAUGUAAUCUCUUGUUCAUUAAUAUGAACAGCUUUAAGCAAAUAACAGUUUUAACAGCAUUUCUGCUGAUCUCUAGUUAUUCAUCCUUUUAAAAUAAAAGUAUAAUAAAAUGUCCUGGAGCUAAUUCUAGCUUAAAUUUGUCAGUAUUUUUAUACCCUUAUUAUUUUUCCCUCCAAAUUUUGUAACUGAAAUUCUGUUAAUCUUUGCAUAUUUGGUGGCAUCUACAUCAGUAUUGAUUGGGUAAUUAUGGGUAGAAUUCUGAUGCUAAUUUAAAAUUUAGUUUGCCCCUUCUCAACAAAAGAAUGAUUGCCCUCUGAGUAAUGAUCGUGCUGAAAUGAAGUCUAGUCAGAAGCUAACCAGAUUUCUCUAAAAUAUGCUAAAAUCUAUUUUCAUCAAACCAGUAUUUUUCUAAGAGCAAUUUCACUUUACAUUUUAGGUUGAAUACUCUUGGAACUCCUCAAAAAUUAUAUAAUUAAAUUUUCCUGGAAUAGUCCAUGACCAAAAAGGGAAAUAGUGUGACAUCUUUAGGAUUUAUACAUUUAACCACUUAAUUGUCAGUGAAGAAGUCUUCCUGACCUUAAGAUAAGUUUUAAUUUCUCUGUUAGUUUUUUGGAUAAUCUGACCUUAUAUGUCUUUUUGUUAGAAACUACUAAAUGUUAUGUCAGUCAUUAGAGUGUAUCGCUACUUCUCUCCUUUUUGUGGAAGGGAUGUGAGAGUUAUUAACUUCUCAGAGAGCACCUAGGACCGCAGAAGUGGAGAAUCUGAAAAUAAAAUAAUUAAAAAUGGACUAUUACAUGUAUUUUACCACAAUUAAAAAAAUAAAAAUUAACUACAUAAAAAUUCAAAGUUCUGCAUAACUAAAACUAUUAGCAUAAUGAAAACUGGAAAACAUGGCAAACUGGGGAAGAAAUAGAUACAAUGCAUCACAAAGAGGUCAUUUCCUUUAUAUGAAGCAUCUGCCAAUACAUUAUGAAAGUGACUAAUAACUCAAAGGGAAAAUUAGAAAUAAUCCCAAGAAACAUCCUUCCCAGGAAAGGAAAUACAAAUGACUCUUAAAUAUGUGAAAUUCAUAAUAUCACUUACACUAAUGUGCAUACAUUUUUAUUUUUCUACCCUUCAAAUUAAUUAAGAUAAAGGUGUUUCUUGUUUUGUAUUUGCGUCUGUAUGUGUAUUUUGGGUUUUUUUAAUUAUUUUUUUAUUAAUUUUUAAAAAUGUUUUUAUUUAUUUUUGAGACAGAGAGAGACAGAGCAUGAACAGGGGAGGGACAGAGAGAGUGGGAGACACAGAAUCUGAAACAGGCUCCAGGCUCUGAGCUGUCAGCACAGAGCCUGACGUGGGGCUCAAACUCAUGGACUGUGAGAUCAUGAUCUGAGCUGAAGUCGGACGCUUAACCAACUGAGCCACCCAGGCGCCCCUGUAUGUGUGUUUUUUUAAUCUUGUCAGGAGUGUGGGAAAGUAGGCACUCUUAUCCUGUUGCUUGGUAUCAAUAGAAAAUUUAAAAUCCCAAUUCUGAACUUAGCAAUUCAACCUCUAGGAAUUUCCUAAAACUAUCUUCACAUGUAUGUAGAACGACCUGUACAAAACAUUUUUGUAUGGCAUUGUUUAUAAUAAUAAGCUUAGAAACAGACUUAAUGUCACAUCAAUAGAUACUAAAUAAAUGAUGGUACGAUGAAAUACUAUAUAGCAAUCAACAGCAACAACAGAAUCACUUUACUGAUGUGAAAAGAUAUAUACAUGUAUUUGCAUACAAUGUCUAGAAAGAGACUCAGUAAAUGUUGCCAGCAGGAAGAGAAACUGGGUGGCUGGGGGAAAGGGGGGGAAGAAUAACUUUUUUUGAUCAAUCAUAUUGAAUGUAUCAUCUAGUCAGAAUUUUAAUGUUAUUAAAAUAUUGCAAGAUGGGGGCAUCUGGCAGGCACAUUUGGAAGAGCAUGUGACUCUUGAUCUCAGGGUUGUCAGUUUGAGCCUUACGUUGGAUAUAGAGAUUACUAAAAAAAUAAGUAAACUUAAAAAACAUUGCAAGAUAAAGGAAGUUUAUUCAUCUCAGCCUGCACCACUCUAAAUGGUCUUUUUGCCUUUAAAUUUUAAAAAUCGUAAUUCCGGAAGAUUUUUUCAGUGUGAAAAAAAUACAGCAUUGUGAGUGAAUUUGAAUGUAUUUAGCUUUAAGGUACUAUUUUAAAAUCAUUUGAAAAGCAAGACUUGGGGCACCUGCAUGGCUCAGUCCAUUAAGCGUCCAACUUCAGCUCAGGUCAUGAUCUUGCAGUCUGUGAGUUCAAGCGCCGUGUCGGGCUCUGUGCUGACAGCUCAGAGCCUGGAGCCUGCUUCAGAUUCUGUGUCUCCCUCUCUCUCUGCCUCUCCCCUGCUCAUGCUCGGUCUCUCUCUGUCUCAAAAAUAAAUAAAAACAUUAAAAAAUAAAGUAAAAAAGCAAGACUUAUGCUUUCCAGGUAACAUUACAGCAAACCUAUAAUCCUGCUGAGAGCAAUGAGAAAAGCCAGGUAAAAAUGUAAAGGGGUAACUGGGUGGCUCAGUUGUUUAAGCAUCAGUUAAGCGUCUGACUCUUGACUUUGGCUCAGGCCACGAUCUCAGUGUGAGAUCAAGCCCCGAGUCAGGCUUUGCACUGACAGCAUGGUGCCUGCUUGGGAUUCUCUCUAGAGCUCCCUCUCUCUCUGCCCCUCCCCUGUUCACUUGUGCAUGAGCUCUCUCAAAAUAAAUAAACAUGAAAAAAAGUUAAAAGUGUAAAAUUACCUACUUUUUGAAAAGCAUCAGACAGCUACUGAAACAAUGAGGACUAAAUUGGGGCUAAGAUUCUAGAGAAGGGAGACGUCAGAAAAGUGAACUGAUGUUUGCAACCAAAAAGUGGUUUUGCUGGUCGCAGGUGCCUGUUUUGAAUGCAGGACAAGAAUCAGGGCUGGUGCUGGUGAACAGAAACUAACAGAGCUCUUGGCUUUCUGAUGAAGCUGGAAUGAAGAUAGUGGAGACUUGAAAGUCCUAAAACACAAUGCCAGUUUUCCCAUCAAGGUGUAAUUGCAGAAUUUUGAAACUGCUUGGGGCAGAGGCUAAAAGGCUGAAAAUGGCUGAAAAGCAGAGAGAAUUGUCAUCAGGCUCACACUGCUGAUGAGACCAAAGAAAAGCAUUCAUUACCUACCAGGGGGAAAGAAGCCUAUUAAACACACCAGGAGUUCAAUUGGAAGCCCUGGCACAAGAGUCUGGUAAAGUACAUCCCAGGGGCCAAAUCUGCAUACUCUUUGUUUUUUAGGUCCUGUGGGCUAAGAAUGGUUUUAAUUUAGCUUAGUUCACAAAUAUUUAAUCCAUAAGGAAUUUAACUAUGGGGCUAGUAAUUUGGGCAUGUUUUGGACUGCAAAAACAAGGACGUAUAUAGUGCAGGAAAGAAGAAAAGAAUUCCCUUCUUAAUUUGGUCACUACCUGUAUGACUUAGGUGAACUACUUGCCUUUCAUUAUCUCACUUUCUUAAUUUCUAUAUGGGAAUCAUAAUGUAACUAACCUAGUUGCUAUCAAAUGGUAAGCAACUAGCACAGGCCUUGACUCAAAAAAGAACCAGAAUAAGUGAUGGUCCCUUCCCCCUGGCUAUUCUCUGCCCAUUUCCUGGAAGGGUCUCACUUCAUGCAGUGACUUUGUGCUCCCAUCAAUCUCCAAACGUGGCAUCCAAUAAAUUGCAAUCAUCUUCUGUCUACUGAGGAAGACUCCACUCACCUCUCCUCUGCCAGGCAUGUGUGACAGCUCCCAGGUCACAAGAGACCUUGGCCCCAGAGGAAACGAAUUCCCAGAAAUCCUAAGUGGCUUCCGUAGAUGCCGAUACUAAUUCAUAGUUGGUGUGCAUAAAGGUGUGAGAAACACUAACCAUUUUGAGAUUAAAAAGAUGGGAGUCAAGCCACUACUGUAUGUUUACUCAUUUCUUAUUCCUUGCAUAGACAUCUUAAUAAACAAUUACGACUUUGAA